AUGUAUGACCCCCUAGAUUCAUCUGGAAUGCCCCUUCGAAUAGCCAACUCAGCGCCGCGCUUUGCAGGCGAUGGUACUCAGCUCGUCAACUUCCUAGAGUCAGUAGAACAACUCGCGCAACCACUUGGUUUAACGGACAAGGAGAUCAUUAAGUAUGCCUUGAAGUAUACAACGUUUGAACACAGGCAGCUUCUCUCAUACCACAAAUUUGACAACUAUGUGGAAUUUGCUGAUCAGGUCUUGGAUUUUUGGCCAGAAUGUGGUGAUUGCCACUAUACGCGCCCUAUCUUCGAAAAAACGGCCGCCAUCGAAGCGCCCCUUGCAAGUGCACCUCCGCAUCCAGAACGCGCUCAAGAGCAACCAGAAGACGAAUCCACCGCCCCCAACGCACUUAAUGUGAUGCCCACCACAUGCAACCUUAUAGAGACUACAGGUGAAACACACCAUCCGGAAGUAGAAGAUACUGCGCCUUUGCCCCUCGCUCCGAUGUCUCAAUCUGACCUUGUAUGCUCAUCGCACUUUAGCGCGCCUAAUCAGGUGCCUCCUGCAGCGCCAGAGCUUGAAUAUGCGACACCAGUAGACCAGAGUAUGUCCCUCGACAAUCUGUGCAUUACUGACGAAACCGCGCUUUUUAACGAUAGCAGUUCAUGCUCUUCAACCAAAUGUCCAAGUGGUGCAUCAGAUGCGCAUCACAUGGAUCAUGUUCCAGACGACCAAGACGCAUACCUUGACCCGCUAGAACCACUCCAGAAGAAACGCGCAUAA